GAGCUGAAGGGUUUAAAGUCCCAACAAUCGCCGAGAAAUUUUUGUCUGCAGGACGAGAUGCGUGUAGCCUUCGUCGUCCUCAUUUUACGUCGAUCGAUAAUUUUGGGGGUCGGAGAGAGAGAAUGGUCGUAAUUUUUAGUCUCUGAUUGAUCGUGAGAUCCAUGUUUGGAAACUUUCCCUGGAAAUUUGUUUUCAUUGGUUUUCCCGGAAAAAAAUUGAUGUUUCCACCGUUGGAAUUGUUGAGUUGGGAUCAUUUGUAAGAAACAUCUGACAAGAUUCGGCCUUAAUAAUGGCUUCUUCAGUCAAGGUAACAGUAGGGUCACAUGUUUGGGUAGAGGAUCCAGAUGAAGCCUGGAUAGAUGGGGAAGUGGAAGAAGCUAAUGGUGAAGAGAUCAAAGUAAAGUGCUCGGGAAAGUCGGUUGUGGCAAAGGUAAAUGAUGUCUUCCCCAAGGAUCCUGAGUUUCCUGAACUUGGUGUGGACGACAUGACAAAGCUUGCGUAUUUGCAUGAACCUGGGGUUCUGCUGAAUCUGAAAUGCCGAUAUGAUGCUAAUGAAAUAUAUACAUACACAGGAAAUAUACUGAUAGCUGUGAAUCCCUUUAAAAGACUACCGCAUCUAUAUGACAAUGAGGUAAUGAAAAAAUAUAAGGGUGCGACUUUUGGCGAGUUGAACCCACAUCCUUUUGCGGUUGCUGAUUCUGCAUACAGGAAAAUGAUCAAUGAGGGAGUGAGCCAGGCGAUCUUGGUGAGCGGAGAAAGUGGUGCUGGGAAAACAGAGAGCACAAAGAUGCUUAUGAGAUACCUUGCAUACAUGGGUGGAAGAGAUGCAAGUGAAGGACGAUCGGUGGAGCAGCAAGUUUUAGAGUCCAAUCCAGUUCUUGAAGCUUUCGGGAAUGCAAAAACUGUCAGGAACAAUAAUUCAAGUCGUUUUGGUAAAUUUGUGGAGCUUCAGUUUGAUAAUAUGGGAAGAAUAUCCGGAGCAGCUAUCAGAACCUAUUUGCUAGAAAGGUCUCGUGUUUGUCAAGUAUCUGAUCCUGAAAGAAACUAUCAUUGCUUUUACAUGCUUUGCGCUGCACCAGAACAGGAAACUGAGCAGUUCAAAUUAGGGAAACCAAGCACAUUUCACUAUCUAAAUCAAUCAAAUUGUUACGCAUUGGAUGGAGUUGAUGAUUCCAAGGAAUACGUCGCUACAAGGAAAGCUAUGGACGUUGUUGGGAUCAGUUCCGAAGAACAGGAUGCAAUUUUCCGCAUAGUGGCUGCAAUUCUUCAUCUAGGGAACAUCGAGUUUGUUAAGGGAGAAGAAUCGGAUGAUUCAGAGCCAAAGGAUGACAAAUCCCGGUUUCAUCUCAAAAUGGCUGCUGAUCUUUUCAUGUGCGAUGAGAAAGCCUUAGAAGAUUCCUUGUGCAAACGGGUCAUAGUGACUCGCGAUGAAAGCAUAACAAAGUCACUUGAUCCCGAUAGUGCAGCUCUAAGCAGAGAUGCUCUUGCGAAGAUUGUAUAUUCUAGACUGUUUGAUUGGCUUGUGAGCAAAAUCAACAGUUCAAUUGGCCAAGACCCAGAUUCAAAAUACAUUAUUGGAGUUCUGGAUAUUUAUGGAUUCGAGAGUUUCAAGACAAACAGCUUUGAACAAUUUUGUAUAAACUUGACAAAUGAGAAGCUGCAACAGCAUUUUAACCAGCACGUGUUCAAGAUGGAGCAAGAAGAAUAUACAAAAGAAGAGAUUGACUGGAGUUACAUAGAGUUCAUAGAUAACCAGGAUGUCCUUGAUCUUAUUGAAAAGAAACCUGGUGGCAUCAUUGCCCUUCUGGAUGAGGCUUGCAUGUUUCCGAGAUCAACUCAUGACACAUUUGCACAAAAGCUAUACCAGACAUUUAAAGACCACAAGCGUUUCACUAAGCCAAAGUUGGCUCGUACAGACUUUACCAUUUGCCAUUAUGCUGGUGAUGUCACAUAUCAGACAGAGCUAUUUUUGGACAAGAACAAAGACUACGUUGUUGGGGAACAUCAAGCUGUCCUGAGCUCCUCAAAUUGCUCAUUUGUUUCAGCUUUGUUUCCACCGCUGCCAGAGGAAUCUUCCAAAACAUCAAAGUUCUCAUCAAUAGGUUCUCAGUUUAAGCAACAACUGCAAUCAUUGCUUGAGACGUUGAACACCACUGAGCCACACUACAUACGAUGCGUUAAACCAAAUAACGUUCUAAAGCCAGAAAUCUUCGAGAAUGUUAAUAUUCUGCAUCAACUUAGGUGUGGGGGAGUCAUGGAAGCCAUUAGGAUCAGUUGUGCUGGAUAUCCUACAAGAAGGCAUUUCAACGAAUUUUUAGCCCGAUUCCGCAUCUUGGCCCCAGAAGCCACAAAUGGAAGCUACGAUGAAGUUGACGCGUGCAAAAGGCUGCUAGCAAAAGUGGACCUCAAAGGUUUUCAGAUUGGGAAGACAAAGGUGUUUCUUAGGGCAGGUCAGAUGGCAGAAUUGGAUGCUCACAGAGCUGAAGUUCUAGGCCGAUCAGCAACAAUUAUACAGAGGAAAACACUUACAUAUCUAUCACGGAAAAAGUUUCUGUUGUUGCAGUCAGCUUCAAUAGAAAUCCAAGCUUUGUGUAGAGGAGAAGUUGUACGUUUUCAGUUUGAGGCCAUGAGAAGAGAAGCUGCUUGUCUGACAAUUCAGAAGCAGACACGGACAUAUAUUUGCCAGAAAGCAUACAAGAAACUAUGGUUUUCAGCUGUUACAGUUCAGUCAGGAAUACGUAAAAUGGCUGCUCAAGUUGAACUUCAGUUCAGGAAGCGAAGCAAAGCUGCAGUCAUUAUUCAGAGUCAAAUCAGAAGAUGUUUGUGUAAUCGGCGCUACAUAAGACUGAAGAAAGCUGCGAUAACUACUCAAUGUCACUGGAGAGUAAGAGUUGCACGCAGAGAAUUGCGGAAGCUUAAAAUGGCUGCUAAAGAAACUGGAGCACUUCAAGAUGCUAAGACUAAGCUAGAAAAGCAAGUAGAAGAACUAACGUCAUUCUUGGAGCAUGAGAGACAGAUGAGGACCGAGCUUGAAGAAACCAAAACUCAAGAAAUCAAAGCAUUACAAUCAGAGUUGACUGAUAUGAAAGUCCAGCUUGGGGAAACUCAAGAAACCAAAAGUGAGGAGAUCUUAAAAUUGCAGUCUGCUUUACAAGACAUGCAUGUAGAGUUGGAAGAACUCACUAAGGAACUGGAGAUGACGAAUGAUCUUGCUGCUGAAAAUGAACAGCUCAAAGAGUUGGUGUGUUCAUUGCAAAAGAAAAUUGAUGAAUCUGAGAACAGAUAUGAAGGAACAAGCAAACUCAGUGAAGAACGAAUGAAACAGGGGGUUCCGAUUAUUGAUCAAGGGGCAUUCAGCAAACUUGAAGCUGAAAAUGAACAACUGAAGGUGUUGGUGAGUUCAUUGGAGAAGAAAAUUGAUGCACUGGACAGAAAACAUGAUGAAACAAGCUCAAACAUCACAGAAAAGCUGAAGGAGAAUGUUUCAUUUGAUCACGAGAGGAUGAGCAGACUUACGGUUGAGAAUGAACGGCUAAAGGCACUGUUGAGUUCCCUGGAGAAGAAAGUCGAUGAAAAGGAUGGAAAUUAUUUGUCAGAAGGACAAAGAGAGGAGACAAACAUGUCGAAAGAUGAGAAACUGACAGAGGACGAUUCGUUUGAUAAUGAAAGGGCCAAGAAACUUGCUGCUGAGAACAAUGAGUUAAACAAUCUGGUAGGUUCAUUGGAAAAGAAAAUAGAUGAAACAGAGAAGAAGUAUGAGGAAGCAAGUAGACUCUGUGAAGAGCGGCUGAAGCAAGUUUUAGAUGCAGAGUCAAAGUUAAUUGAUUUGAAAACAUCUAUGCAAAGGCUGGAAGAAAAGGUCUCUGACAUGGAAACAGAAGACAAAAUUCUCCGACAGCAGGCACUGCUCAAUUCAGCUUCCAGGAAAAUGUCUCCACAGUUGUCAUUUACCGGACCUCCGCCGCUGGAGAAUGGACAUCAUGAACCCCUUGCUCCUAUUCCAUCAAGACGGUUCGGGACAAUAUCUUUUAGACGAUCCAGGAUUGAGCGACAACCCCAUGAAUACAUUGAUGUUCUUCUUAAAUGUGUUUCACAAAAUGCCGGUUUCAGCCAUGGAAAGCCUGUUGCAGCCUUUACUAUAUACAAAUGUCUCAUCCACUGGAAGUUGUUCGAAGCAGAAAAAACCAGUAUAUUUGACCGAAUUGUACCGGUUUUUGGAUCUGCAAUAGAGAACCAGGAAGACAAUAAUCAUUUGGCAUAUUGGCUAACAAACACAUCAACGUUACUGUUCUUGCUUCAAAGAAGCCUGAAAUCUCAUAGCACAACAGGCUCGAGCCCCAAGAAACCUCCCCAGCCAACUUCUUUUUUUGGAAGGAUGACGCAGGGUUUUCGUUCGCCUUCUUCUGCCAACCUUUCAUCUGACAUAGUGCAACAAGUAGAUGCUAGAUAUCCUGCUUUACUUUUCAAACAACAGAUUACAGCUUACGUGGAAACAAUAUAUGGAUUAAUCCGAGAGAAUUUGAAGAGAGAACUGUCACCCUUAUUUUCUUCUUGCGUUAAGGAACCAACGGAUUCAUCAGAAGAGUCAUCUGAAGUGAAUUCACUGGCUAAGCCUUGGCAAGACAUCGUUGAACUUUUGAAUCAGUUUCUAAGCACGUUAAAGGAAAAUUAUGUUCCUCUGUUUCUUGUUCAGAAGAUCUUCAUCCAGACUUUCCAAUACAUAAAUGUUCAACUCUUCAACAACCUUCUCCCCCAUCCCGAGUGUUGCACAUUCAACAUGGGCAAAGAGGUCAAGGCUGGAUUAGAUGAACUAGAAUCAUGGUGUAACCAAGCGACCGAAGAGUUCAUAGGAUCUUCAUGGGAUGAACUCAGACACACAAGACAGGCCAUCGGGUUCCUGGUUACAGAGCAGAAAUCCUCGAUAACUUAUGAUGAUCUUACGACUAACCUCUGCCCGGUUCUUAGUACUCAGCAGUUGUAUAGAAUAUGUACCUUCUGCAAGGAUGAUGGUUGUGAAGAUCCGAGUGUAUCACCAGACGUGAUUUCAAACUUAAAACUACUAAUGACAGAUGAAGACGAAAAAAGCCGUUCGUUCUUGCUAGACGAUGAUUCCAGCAUCCCCUUCUCAACCGACGAAAUAUCGACAUGCAUGCAAGAAAAAGAGUUCACCAACGUAAAACCAGCUGCUGAGCUUGCUGACAACCCCAACUUCCCCUUUCUCAAGGAGUGAGUUGGGUUUCUACCUUGCACCUUGCAGCCAUUGAUUCGCUUCGAGAUGUACAUUAACCCCUUUUUUUAAGUUAGGUUUUGUAGAAUAUUCAUAGGUUCCCUCUCGUAGUUUGAAAGGGAAACGUGAGCUCGAGUAUACGUCUCUUGCGUUUUAAGUCACCAAGUUUUUCAUUCAUUUUGUUUGGGUUGAUUAGGUCAAAGCCAACCUUAUAAUUCACUUGUAGUCAAGAAAGCUGAAGCCUGAAGGCGGUCGCUUUGAAUCAAGGAUCAUGGAUUCAUUUCAUAGGUUUGAUUUUGGGCUACCUACCUAUGACGCCCAUUUUCGAUUUGGGGUUUUGAUUAUUUCUUAACAACACCAUCAUAAUUAUGUUUAAACUA